AUGCCCAUUAUACAACCCCCCGUCGCGCCCCUCCCCGAGGGCAUCGACCUCACCGGCCAAGUCGCCAUCGUCACGGGCGCCUCCGCCGGCAUCGGUCUCGAGAUAGCGCGACAGCUCCUCCAGCGCAGGCUCUCCACGCUCAUCCUCGCCGUGCGAAACACCGCCAAGGGCGAGGCCGUCCGUGACGACCUGCUGCGGGACCGACAAAUCACCUCGGCGAACCCCAGCGCGUCCGUCCACGUCCUGCGCCUCGACAUGGACGACUACGCGAGCGUCAGGGACUUUAUAGCAGAGUUCAAGAGCAGGGUCUCUGAGCUGCAUAUCCUCAUGCUCAACGCGGGCGUCGGCCUCCUGAGGAGGGAGCUCGCCGCGACCGGCCACGAGCGCAACAACCAGGUCAACUACCUGUCCAACGUGCUCCUCGCGCUGGGCCUGCUGCCCGUCAUGGAGGCCACGGCCGGGAGUUCGGGCAGGCCCGGCAGGCUGAGCGUCACGGGCAGCAGGCUGUACGCGAUGACGAGCCUGCAGAAGCGCCCGCCGAAGGACGAGACGACGGUACUCGGGCACUUUGACGACCUGCGGGGCGACAAGGCAUCACCGCCGCCGCCCGCGUUGACGGGCUACCUGGACAGCAAGUUCCUGUGGAUGCUGUUCCAGGCGGAGCUGACGCGACAGUACCCUCGCCCAAUGCCACCCGGGUGGUGGUCCACCAGGGGCGAGGGCGAUGGCGAUGGCGAUGGCGAGGCCGCUCCCAGGGUCAUCGUCAACACGUUCUGUCCGGGCAUGGUCAACACGGGGUUCAGCAACGCGCUGCCCUGGUACAUCCGCCUGCCCGUCAAGGCCGUCGUCGCGCUGCGUGGCCGCGCCGUGGAACAGGCGGGCUGGAUCGCGCUCAACGCAGCCGUCGUGGCCGGCGCGGAGACGCACGGGGCGCUGCUAGCCGACACGGCUGUCGAGGAGCCGUGCCCGUUCAUCGUGUCGGCGGAGGGGCAGCGGCUGCGGCGCAUGCUCUGGAACGAGACGAUGGAGGAGAUGGAGCCGCUGGUGACGCUGCCCGGCUGGAUGCGCAGGCUGUGA